UCGACCGUCGCUUUCCUCUCAAGUCCAAUGCAGCCGUGCCCCUCCUCGCCAAGUCACCAACCGGAUCGAGCGGCGGCGGCGCUGCCCUUGCUUAGGUUGCUAGAUCGGCCCGGAUCUCGUGUCCCUGGCCUCCCCAUGUCUUUUCCUGCCUCCGACCUCGUGCUGCUGCCCCGCCGGUCAUGUCUCCACCCACCACCAUGGCGGCGACCAUCUCGCCGCCGUCCUUCUCCAUUCCGUGGCGGCACCAUCAAGUUGGUUGCUUGGUCGACCUACGUUCAGAUUUGGUUUAAUUUCUGAGACCUAUCAACAAGCUUCAGGUCGAUUCCUAAACUCUCUUUUUUUCCAGUUCCGUUUAAACAGUUACUGUAUCAAUGGCAGUUUGUUUGAUUAGGCACACCUCCUGCAUUGACAAGCGAAGCUGGUAUUGGAGCAGAUAAUUUCUUUUAACCCAGAUGCUUCAAAAUGUAGCCAUAUUGUAUCUUCAAUUCACACUAUUCAUGAACAUAUUCAGGAUGAAUGAUUGGACCUUUCUUCUAUUUUGAUUUUGAGUUUUAGUUCUAACCUUAACUAGUAUACUCUACUUCUACACACCUCGGUGUUAAAAUACGUGGUGCAUGCCUAUGUUUGGUACAGUUGGAAUCUUGGAACUAACAAUUCCCAGGCAUGAUUAAUUAGCUCUAAAGGUCCUGGUAAACCUAGUUGUUAAUCUAAUAGCGUGAGCAAAUUCUGUUCAGAUACUGGAUUUUUAUUUUCCCUCUCGAACACACACCUAAACGUGUGCUUUUUUGUAUUAGAAGAAAGCACCAAGAUGGCGCCGGGUGUUACUUAAAUACUGGAUUGAGGUCCUCGAGGAAAUAAUGAUGGGUUUAAGUUAAUGGAUUCCUGCUUAAGAACAUUUCAUUUAGACCAAAACCUGACCAGGUUUCUACUCCCUGGUGACACUAAUUUUGGUACAUUAAUGGUUGUGAUUGCCAUUUGCAUAUGUGGUUUUUGGUUGACUAGUAACAUACUCAAAGCUCACACAAGUAUGCUUGCAGCGUUAACUGAAUUUCUGGGGGACAAGUAAUUCUAAGGCAUCAUUAAAUUGACAUCUUGAGUGACCAAACUUGGACAUGAAAUGUUCAGUUAUCAUGACUCAUUGAUUUUCUUGACUAAAAUGGCCAAGUUACAUAACCAGGGCUGUAGGCUAAUCUUAAAAAUAAUCUCGUACGCUAACCACUGCUCUGUGCGUCUGUCUCUCUUCCCAUGAAUUUGAGACUUAUUUGGGUUCCGUCCCCUCCCUGUCCUGAUCGUAUCAUUAAGCGGCGAUGCUCUGUUUCGAGUUGCGCCCACGAAAAACUAAAAUGUCGGCCCGUACACUCUUCUUUUGUCAAAAUUGAUGUCACCAUCAGAUUCAGACCACCUGUGUACCUCUAAGGGACCUCUCCCCCGGCAUUCAGCGUUCCUGUAGAGUCUACAGCCUAGAUCAUUGGUGACUCAUGUGCUCUGUUUUGGACUCCACCGCUGCCGACUGAGGCCGGAUGGUCUCAUAGACAGAGGCAACCAAUAAAUAAAAGGAAAUUACAUUUAAGGCCACAAAUAGUUUGCAGUGAAGUAGCAUAAUCACAAGUUCACUCAAUUAAUGUAGGAUAACACUGUUGAUGUUUAUAUAGUAGUACUAAUAGUAGGGCGGUUUUAUUGUGCACCAACACUUGAGAGGUGAUUGCAAUUAAUUACUCCAGUCUAUAACAACCAUUUAAACACCUACAUUGAGAAAAAGCUUGCAUUGGUUUAUUAACUCCAAUGUAGCUCUAGUUGAUUGGUUUGUCAGUCUUCUAAUUUUGAUUUUGAAUCUUACUACUAACUUAACUAGGAUUCUACUUCUACAGACGUCACUGCAUAUCUGUAGAAGUAGAAUCUUAGUGGCCAUGCGUUAGUAUAUCUUGAUGAGCUUGUAGUUACAACAGUACCGUUUUAGAAUCUUAGUACUAACUUAACAGUACAGGCUGGUUUCAGGGGUUCUAAACCUUUAUUUUUUUCUGAAACCUUAAUAUUUGCUACAGAGGUAUAUAUUUUUAUUUAACAAGGGAAUCUACAAUUACCUGCUCUCUGAUAUCAAAGCAGUAGAGUUCCGUUUAUGCUAUUCUUUACACUUUAUUCAGAUGAGUAAGCAAAACAAGGCUUUAGCUAUCAGGAAUAGGAGCUUAUAUGCAUCUCCUGGUUCACAGAUUUGCUUUUGUAUUUGUUCAGUUAGAAAUCAUGAACAUGUACUAAUGGUAAUCUGCUGGAAGUUACACAAUUUCUCCAGUACUAUGGUUCUCUUACACAUUUUUUUAUUGCAUAUGUGUGCUUCUGCGAACUUUGAAACUUCAGGAUGUUGGGCUACCUAUUGUUUGGUUCUACUCCCUCCGAUCCUAAAUUCUUGUCUCAAAUUUGCCCAAAUAUGAACUUAUCUAUUCUUAAAAGGUGUCUAGAUACGUGUAAUAUUUCGACAACAAUUUACGAUCGGAGGGAGUAGUAAACUAUUGGUUCUGCUACUACGUAAAUACUUAUGCCCAGCUUUGCUAAAAACUCAUCAAGAACUGAUACUACACCUUGUUCUUAUUAGUUUGGUGGUGUUGCUAUGUGCUUUACCAUGCUUUGCAUAACUCUGGUGAUAAUGGAAUGUCUCUACUAGUUCUAAUGAUUUUAUAUCAACUAGUUCAUGCUUGUGAUGCCGAUUGCUUAUUUUGGUCCCCUAAAAUGCUACUCCCUCUAUUCCAAAAUACACCUCAUAUAGAUUUGUGCACUUGGAUCAAGACAGCUCUAGUUUCUAGUGCCUGACCACUCAUAUUGGGUUAAUAAUAAAUGGAUGUGAGUUGUUAUUGGCUGGGUGCGGGUACCAAGAGAAAAAUGAGGUGUAUUGUGGAACAAAUGAGAAAAAUCUAUACAUGUUGUAUUGUGGAAUGGAGGGAGUAAAUGCUAUUCAAUUGAGAUUAGCUCUUCUAGUUAACUCCUCUGGAUUCCUAGUUACAACCUAAGGUGAAUUAUACUAUUUCAAAACUUCUGAAGGGUUGAGAGAAAAUGAUUCUUUGUCUCCUCUCCUUUUCGAUCUUGCUGCAGGUUCUCUUGUGGUUCUUUCGAUAGUGCAAAAGUAGAAGUUUUAAUUAGAUGGGCUUUGUUGGCUGCGUCGAUGGAGGUUCCAAUAUGAUCCAGUAUGCAAAUGAUACGAUUUUCAUGCUUCAGGUUAUCGCUAUUAGUGGCGUGGUGGUGCAGGUACUGACGAUGAAUCCAGGACGUAAUUUCUCAUUCUGUGCAUGCUUCGGGCUCGGCAAUGGAAGCGGUGGUGGCCCUGUGAUUUACAAUGAGCAAGAUAUACUUAACAACCUUGGUGAUGGUGAUGUCAUCAGCAGCAUCGAUGGUGGCACCUGGACAUCGGUAACAUGCCGAGUUGAGCAGGACACAUCCAGGGCGGUGGUCGUGAAGAAGCUGCAGAUCAAGAGUGGAAGCACAGUGGAUGUUAGCCUCAACGACCGCUGGCAGUCGGAGGUGAACUUGCUGGACAGCAUUAGCCACGACAACAUCAUCAGUCUUGCAGGUCACAUUCUGAGGGAAAACUUCGUCCUGCUCGUCUAUGACCACAAGGAGAAUGGCAGCCUCCACCAGUGGCUGCAUGCUGAUCUCCCCCAGCUGGCUGCACAGGGGGUGCUAGACUGGUCGAAGAGGCGGGCCAUCGCUGAUGGUGCCGCCGAAGGGCUCUGCUUCUUGCACUAUGGACGUGACCACCCCAUUGUGCACCACAAUGUUAACUCUACCAAUAUCUUGCUUGACGCUAGCCUCAAGCCCAAGAUCGCUGGCCUUGAUCUUGCUCGGGUCCGAGCUGACCAGCCGGUGCAAAUCUGGGAGCUCGCUGCUAGCAACAUGUUCGGCUACACGGCUCCAGAAUAUCUAACCAUUAUUGGGGCCACCACCAAGGUUGACGUGUACAGCAUUGGUGUGGUGCUGUUGGAGCUCGUGACCGGGCGGGUGGCCAACGAAGCCACUACGGAUGGCCACUUGGCAGCCUGGGCAGGGAGACAUUGCAACCGCCUGAUGGGAAACACUGAAGAUUUCAGUGUCGUUGUUGAUAUGGCCAUCCCACAUCGUGCACGAUACCUGAAGGAGAUGGCCGCCAUGUUCAAGCUGGGCGUGGAUUGCACCGUCAGGGAACCGCAGGAGAGGCCAUCCAUGCACGGGGUUCUCUACCGCCUCCGCAACCGUGGCUGUUGAUUCAGUCUCGUGUGCUAUGUAUGAUCAACUCCGAGGCUGGCUAUCAUUGCUUGUGAUUCAGUCCUGAGAGCAGGCAGCACUAAACAUAACUUGUUUUGUAGAAGCCUCACGUAGUACGUUUCAAAUUUGUUUUACUGUGGUUCUGAACAUGUGUUGUCUUGUUUCUGAAGGUUUUCUUAAGAUUUGACUUGCAAGUGUUUCAUAGAAUUUUUUGCAAAA